AUGUCGGUUUUGGUGAAUGGAAGCCCUACGAAAGAAUUUGUGGUAGAGAGAGGUCUAAGGAAAGGGGAUCCGUUAUCGCCGUUUAUUUUUGUCAUUGUAGCGGAGGCGUUGAAGGGAAUGGUUAGCAAGGUGGCAGAGAUAGGUGAAUAUGUUGGUUUCAAUAUAAGGAGAAAGUGUAGUGUGGAUAUUUUACAAUUUGUGGAUGAUACUUUAUCGAUAGGAAAGGGGAGAUGGAAGCAAGUGUGGGCUAUCAAGGCUAUUCCAAGAGGUUUUGAGAUGGUGUCGGGUCUUGGGAUCAAUUAUCACAAAAGCAAAAUUAUUGGAUUUAAUGUUAGUGACAACUUUUUGGAUAUUGCUUCUAACUUUUUGUCUUGUAGGAGGGAAGAUAAUAACUUCACUUUUCUUGGUAUUCCUAUAGGAAUUAAUCCUAGAAGGAUUUCCUCUUGGAACGUGAUUUUGAACAAACUAAAGUCCCGUCUCUUGGAUUGGAAGGUGCGAUUACUUAGUUUUGGAGGUAGACUCACUCUCUUAAAAUCCGUUCUUUGUAGUCUUUCGAUAUUUAUGCUUUCCUUUUAUAAUGCUCCUAAGAAGGUGUUAAUGGAGAUAUCGAGACUGCAAAGCAAUUUUCUUUGGGGUGGAGUGGGGGAAAACAAGAAAAUUCAUUGGUGGCGUUGGAGAAUUCUAGGCGGUUCAAAGGAUUUAUGGUAUAGAGUGUUCAGAGCUAGAUACGAAGAUAUUAACCUCCACGUGGUUUCUUAUAAUAGCAAAGUUGAUAAGAAGUUUUCGAAAUCUACUUGGUGGACGGACAUAUUAUCUUUGGAGAAUAGUUACAAUGAAAACUUGUUUGUUGAUAAUUGUAGAUUUUUUAUUGGUAAUGGAUACAACACUUCUUUUUGGCAAUCAAGGUGGAUGGGAGAUUUUUGUUUGAAGGUUCUUUUUCCGGUGGCUUACAAUCUUUCGGAGUUUAAAUUUGUUUCGGUUGCGAGUAUGGGAGGUUGGAGGGGAGACGUUUGGUUUUAG